AGGAACCAGUACACCUGUAGACAUGAAGGAGCAGUGGCGCCACCUAGAGGCCAGGCGCUGUCAGUACAGAGGAAGGAGGCGUAGCCAACAGCUGGUAGGAGAGGUCAUCACCGCGUCCACCACAGGACCUCAGACAGACGGCUGUUGUCGGUCGGUGCCUGAAUAACAGGCUGUUUCCAAACUUUUAAGACAGCAUGAACAGACCAAUGGUGCCGUUGACCUUCUGGUAACAUUUCUGAAAAUGCCCUAUGCGUGUUGCUCUGUGCUAGAAGAUGGCGGAGUCGGAUGGCGGGGAUUUUGCUUCGAAACAUCAACAGAACAGUAUGGCUAACAAGAAUAGCACCCUGCGUUGUACAUUCUCUGCCCCAAGCCACAGUGCCACCCUCCUCCAGGGCUUGUCGGUCUUGCGGGCUCAGGGCCAACUACUUGACGUUGUGCUGGCCAUCAAUGAGGAGCGCUUCCAGGUCCACAAAGCUGUGCUGGCCGCCUGUAGUGAUUACUUCAGAGCAAUGUUUACCGGAGGUAUGAGGGAGUCAAAUCAAAAUACCAUUGAGCUGAAGGGUUUGUCCGCCCGUGGGCUGAAACAUAUUAUUGACUUUGCCUACAGUGCAGAGGUCACUUUAGACCUGGACUGUAUUCAGGAUGUCCUUGGGGCAGCUGUGUUUCUCCAGAUGGUCCCAGUCGUGGAGCUCUGCGAAGAGUUCCUCAAGUCAGCGAUGAGCGUGGAGACCUGCCUGCACAUCGGCCAGAUGGCCACCACCUUCAGCUUGUCUUCCCUCAAAGAGUCGGUGGAUGCCUUCACCUUCCGCCACUUCCUCCAAAUUGCGGAGGAGGAAGACUUUCUGCACAUUCCCAUGGAGCGCCUCAUCUUCUUCCUGCAGAGCAACAAACUGAAGAACUGUAGCGAGAUUGACCUCUUCCACGCUGCCAUCAGGUGGCUCCAGUACGAUGAGUCUCGUCGGGCUCAAGCCAGCAGUGUCCUCUGCCAUGUGCGCUUCCCGCUCAUGCGCUCCUCUGAGCUGGUGGACAGUGUUCAGACGGUGAACAUUAUGGUGGAGGACGUGCUGUGCCGCCAGUAUCUCCUCGAGGCCUUCAAUUACCAGAUUCUUCCCUUCCGACAGCAUGAGAUGCAGUCUUCGCGGACACUAGUACGUUCUGACGUCAUGUCACUCAUCACCUUUGGCGGGACGCCCUACACUGACAACGACCGCACAGUGAGCACCAAGGUGUACCAUCUUCCUGACAUCGCUUCGCGCCAGUUCAAGGAGCUGACAGAGAUGGAGACGGGGUGCAGUCACGCUUGUGUUGCCGUGCUUGAUAACUUUGUGUACAUCGUUGGUGGACAGCACUUACAGUACCGCAGCGGCGAGGGGGCAGUGGACAGCUGUUAUCGCUACGACCCGCAUCUGAGCCAGUGGCUGCGCAUCCAACCUCUGCAGGAGGCUCGUAUCCAGUUUCAGCUCAACGUCCUUCACGGACAGCUGUAUGCCACCGGAGGGCGCAAUCGAUCUGGCAGUCUGUCAUCUGUAGAGUGCUACUGCCCAAAGAAGAACGAGUGGACUUAUGUGGAACCAUUAAAACGCAGGAUUUGGGGUCAUGCAGGGACUCCCUGUGGAGAAAAGCUGUAUAUCUCAGGGGGUUAUGGCGUCUCGCUGGAUGACAAGAAAACUCUCCACUGCUACGACCCAGUAUCAGACCAGUGGGAUUUCAGAGCUCCCAUGAAUGAACCCAGAGUGUUGCAUGCUAUGAUCGGCACCAUGGACCGGGUUUAUGCUCUGGGCGGUCGCAUGGACCAUGUGGACCGUUGUUUUGAUGUGCUUGCGGUCGAGUAUUACAUUCCAGAGAACGACCAGUGGACCACCGUCAGUCCCAUGAGAGCAGGGCAGUCUGAGGCAGGCUGCUGUUUACUGGACAGGAAGAUCUACAUCGUCGGUGGCUACAACUGGCACCUGAACAAUGUCACAAGCAUCGUGCAGGUGUACAACACAGAGACAGAUGAGUGGGAGAGGGAUUUGCACUUCCCAGAAUCCUUUGCUGGCAUUGCUUGUACACCAAUUAUAAUUCCACAAAACACCACACAACACUAACCAUCUGACCUGUGACUGUGAAGAUUUUAUUCCAUGUGCUCUUUCUGCCGACCACUAGGUCAACACAAGGUGUGAACAUUAUGUAAGCUACUGUUUUUGUGUGUGUGUGUGUGUGUGUGUGUGUGUGUUCAUUCAUUUGAGAGAAUGACCUGAAAAGCUACUAAGCAGUAUUUUUUUCUAUCCUUGUCUUGUUUUGGGCAAGAUGUGUUUAAUCAACAGGCAAACCUUCAUAAAUUCAUAAUUGAGAUUUUCUUUUAUGUGAAAACUCUUAAGGAUCUUAAUGUUGAGACACUUGUGAUACCGAUAGAAGGUUUUGAAUGACAAUUUCUCAGUAUUCAACCAACACAUUUUGAUGGGUUCCAGGGGAAAAGCCUGUAACGACGUUAAUGUUCUGCGUAAUUUCCUGUUUGAAUUUUAUUUAUUUUUAUUUAUACAGUUUAAACUUACAGGGACAGUGCGCAUUAAUAGUAAUUUCUGUCAUUGUGCCAGUUUAGCCAUCAUGGCUAAUUUUCAACUGCAGUCCCUGGGCAGGUGUAAUGCCAUUCUGUUAUUUCUUAAUUCUGUUAUUAAUUGAUUGGUAUAUUAUCUCCAAAUGAACUUUAAAGAUAUACAUUCUCUUCCUGAACAGCAUUACCUAGAUUUAUAACUUCUUAUUUGAAAAAUAAUCAUAAUUCAGUCUGUAAAAGUGUUAUAGUUUUACCAAUCAAGGGCUUAAGUUACAGACAGCACAAAUUCUCUGGAAAUCUCAUUUUUGAAUGAAAGUCUUGGGUUAAAUGUUGUGUUUGUAAAGUAUUAACAGACUCAACUUUUAUAAUGUUAGACAUGUUGAUUGUACAGUUGUGAAUGUUGUAUUAUUUGUUAGCUUCUUUUAUCUUGUAAUAUUGUUAUAAUUUUAUUAUUCAAACAACCAAGAUAACUGAAAAUCUCAAAUUUAUCAACAAACUACAUAUCAAUGCACAGUAAUGAUUGCACAAAUGAACGCAAGCAGUGGAUGUGUUUCAACUUGGAAUUGGUUAUUCCAUGUUGGGUGUGUUGUUUUUGUUUUUUAUUGCUACUGCCCUUGUGUUUCCUGACACACUAAUUGUUCUCACAGUCAACAUAACAAACCAGUGUGGACCUCUUAAGGCAGCUACAUAAAUCAUUUAUGUGUGUGUCCAUUUGAAUGUCAGUGUGUGCUGCUCUUUAUGUCAGACAAGUGUGUCAUCUUGUGUACCACUCAUGCUUUUGUCCCUUGACUGACACAACAAGGGGAUUAAUGCAGAUUUAAUAUCUAAGCGUUUGCUCAGAUCCUCAAAAAAUCUAAUUUCCCCAGAAAAAAGUACUUAAACUAUCCAUUUACCAUGUUUGACACCUUCUCAUGCUUUUAUUCAGUUUGCAUUGCUGCACUUUUCAAAACAGUAUUUAUCAGACAUCUGACUCUGACUGCUGCUGAAGUUAUCAAUAUAUUUAAUGUGUAUAGUGUAUAAGGAAAGAGCAAGGUUAAAGGUCUUGUUUUUCCUUUUUAAAUAUGCCCAUCUACAUGAUGGUGAGGAGUGGCCAUUUUAAAACUGUCUCCUGUUUGCCUUAGUGUGUAUUUCCAUUGUUGUACCAGUAAAAGCACAUGAUGUUGUUGAAGUGCAGUGAAAAGUAAACUGCUGUAGGUAAAGGGGAAUGUAGACGUGUGUGUAGCUUUAUGUGCAUCCUUUAUUAAAGGUGUAUCAUGUUUUAACAAUA